AGAAUCCAUUGUCUCGGGCUGAAGGCCGCCGUGCAGUUCGAGGCUCAUCGUGAGGAGAAUAGGAAUACUUGAUUUCCAUAGCCCAUCUGAGUCGAAAACUUGAGAUGGAAGUCGAUACAAUCAUGAGUGACAGAAUGAGAAUGAAAAGAGCGCGAGCUGGUGCGUCGAACCUUCGAAAAGCUUGUAAUUGUAACUGUAACUACGCAGUGUGAAUGAAAAACCGCGCUCCUCCUGGCUAAUAUCAUUGAUUGAAAGACUAGCCCAGGAUAGAGUGUAGAGUUGUGAUGGAGAUUGUAGAGAUUUUCUGCUUAUCAAACUGGUUACUACGUUACAACGAAAACAAUUUUUACUAACACGGUCGCACCCCUAUAUAUAACUAUCGAAGAGGAAUAAGAACUUGAACUGUAUGAACUCUAACAAAAAACAACUUAUACUUCAGAGUGUAAUUCUUGUUAAUGAUAUUGUCGUAUAAAUAGAACAGCAAGAAGAUGUCCUUGGUGGAAGAAGAGAAGGGGAACAUGACGGAGGUAGUAGUCGCAGAAGAAGUCGACGAGGUUUCGUCGACGGCAGUGUUUAACACGCUGUUUCUCCCCACUGCUCUUCCGGCGCGACAUGAAGAUCCUGAAGGGAAUCGAAUUUUCGAGUUUUUGGAGGACUUUGCGAAGGAUCGCCUCACGGGGCGAGAAGCGUGGCACAAGAGCGCGGUCGAGAAUCGUGGCACAACUUAAGGCUAGAACCUUUUCAUCAACUCGCUUGACCUUUUCAUCAACCCUUUCCAAACAAUCAAGGGGAGCUACUUGAUUAACUGUAACUAAGGAGAAGGAGUUACAAUUAACAGAAAAUGAAAGAUUACUUCGUAUGUGGCUAGUGUUUUACAGAGCAAUCAAGGGGAGCUACUUUCAUCUUCAUCAGGCCACUCAGCCGUUACUAGCUCUAAAAGCCGCUGAGUGCAGACGCGAAAACUGUAGAGAAGUUUUUCAAGAACUUCGUGCACGUCGAGCGUGCUGAUGGAUUCAGCGCGGCGUUCCAUACGAAGACGCGGGGAGCAAAGUCGGGGGAAUGCCUUGGUUGUUGGAUCAGAAAACAGAACUGCGUGAUGGUGAUCCGGCGACGCGAAAGCAGGGCCGAAGUGAGCUUGUGGACAGCGCAAGGCAGCCGGAAGGAGUGCAUGCAGUACGAUCACCUUUUCGCUAAAGUCCCAGAGUACCAGUUCGACACCGCCUGGGCGAACGUGAGCAGCGCCACCUUCUCCCGACUAGUCGAAGAACUGCGGGCUGACGCUUUUCCGCGCGCCCAGCCACCGGCACAGGAAACGAAGGACGGAAGAGGCAGCAAAGUCAGGAAGCCCAAGUCGCAGAUCCCGUCAAUGGCCUAUGUCCGUGAUGUGCUCUUGGGGGGUGUCAUCGAGGCCGACGCAGCCUCGGUGGACAUAUUCCGAAAUCGUGGAACUGGUACUGUGACAAGUUCGGCACUUAUUUCUAGUGGGACGAGUUCUUCAUCAAGAAAGUGUGACAAUAAAGCAACAUCAUCAUCAACCAAGGAUCUCCUGUCGACAUCAUCGUGCACGGAGGACCGUCUGCAGAAUGGCCACCUGCGGAAAACGGUACACGACCACGUACGCAGAGACGACCAGAACGCAGACGACCCCGAACACUGGCAAAGAUCCCCAGCUUGGUUCGUUUUCCGCUCAGCACUCCACUUCGUCUGCGCCAGUCUGCUCAACAACAGUGUGCUAUACAAGGUGCUGCAGCAGUCCAUACUAUGCUACUGCUUGGAUAGCCAGGUGGAGCGUGCCUCCAGGCAGGUCGCCGCUUUUGUUAAGGCUAGAGAUAAUCCAUCUUUGAGAGUAUCCCUGAAAAGUAUGAGGGAGUAUUCUCGGGCAAUACUCCCCCAUACUUUUCAAGGAUACAGCAGAAAGAUGAAUUGCGGACAGCUCUAAUUUUGCCCGUCCGGAUGCAGCAGGAGCAGAUGAUGUGGCGAAGGCGCUUCGCUUGAGUUCUUUUUCAGAGGCUGUCGGAAAAAUCCAGCGAAGGCAAGUGAAGCUACGGGAGCUCGUAGAGCAGGCUGUCGCAGGAGGUUCUUCUGGUUCAAGGGAUCUUUCUGUCUUGCUCACGAUCGCAGACGCAUUCUCGAUGAAGUCCGUUACUGGAGGAAGUGUUUUUGUACACAAAGCGGAGGCGACGCGAACAGAGAAAAUUGCCGAUGGAAGCCGCAGUGUAGGAGUUGCUCUCACACGGGAGCAGGUGCGAGAGGAUCGCGAGCACAAGCUGACGAAUUCGGAGAGUACGCUAGUGCUGCUGGCAGACGCGGUAGCAGCACGGGGUGGCGAUACGGGAGACUCCGAGAACGCUCCGGAGGGCGCACAAGCUCAUUCGCUGAAGGUGUGGAGCAAAGACCGAGACCUAGGAGACCCUGAGAGCGUCUCGCAGGGAUUAGCGAGCCUGAGACUCGACCUUGAAAAUGUGAAGAGACUCGAGCCUCCGCAGCUCUGCGAAGUAUUUGCAAAUGUCGAAGACGCGGUCAUGAGCAUGUGGAAGCGUCGCGAUCGCGUAUACGUGUUUGACGGUGCUGAGAUGGUUCGCUUGCAGAAAGCAUACGCUGGGGCAGGCCUGCAGCACUCCAGCGGCUGCUUUCGCUCUCGCAGCCGAGUCGUUCUGAUGUCGUUGACAAUGUUCCUGCUGGUGGAUCGUCGAGCUUGCUUCUUAGAGAAGGUCGUCUCCCGGCAUGGGUUGCAGAUCCCGCCAGAUUUUUUACAUUGUCUUCUUCUUGAAACAGCAGAGCUGCGACUACAUUUGGAAGAGAUCGAGCACUACCUGGCAACUCGCCGUCCGUCGUGUCCAAACAGCGCGGAAACAGAAACUGCUGACGCAAUGGACGUGGACGGAGAGGCUGAGGAAUCACUCGUGCCAGAUCGCGACCCGGUUUUGCACUGCAAGAUCUCGGAGAAAUCGCUGGCGGUUUGCUUCGCCCGCCAGAGCGCGGAAAUGCAGGCAAAACUACGGAAAAUUCAGUCCGAUUGCGACGGCAUAACCGCGCGGAAGCGCCAUGAGCUGGACAGCCUCAAGGAAACGGCUAGAGCAUUAGUUGGAGAGGCUCAAAGAAAUAAUUGCACAUGCAGAUUCUACAUCAAGAAGAAUGGACAAAAUGGGCGGCGUAUGACGAGCUUACGCAAUUGCCUCCGGUGCCACGCUGAAGAAAAAAGAAGAAAUUUGUCAUUUCAACAGCACAUGAAACUGUUGCCGGAGGCAGACUUGAAGCGGCAGGCCAUUGUCUUCGACCUCAUGAAGCCAGAGCCAAUCGACUCGCUGGAGCGGAGCCUCGUCGUGUUUUCAAGAACCAUCUUGCACGCUGCAGAUGUCGACGCCCGUGACGUACUGCACACACAAUCUUUUCACUCUUGGAACGCUCACCCCGCUCUCCGCGACUACAAAACAGAUUCGCGUAAGAUUACCUGCGAAGAAGAGACUAGGUGCGUAAUUGGAACGACAACACCUCUCUCGCACAACGCGCAUCGCAUCCAUCCAGAUCACUGCUACAGCGUCAGCGUCGAGAACGAUGGAAACACGUGUCCCGGAGUCAAUAUUGGGAGGUAUUGAUGAUUGAAAUCCUUAAAAAGCUUAACUAUUGAUUGAAGAUUAAACUUGAAGGUUUAUUUCUUGCGAUUUCACAAACACAACUGCAAAUCAAAGACUAGGAUGAAAGUCUUAAUAAGAUAGAAAAUAUCUCAAGUCAUAUUUUUGAAAUCAGACGCAUGACCAACACCAUGAACAUCUGUAUGUAUGACAAACGACGCACCACUUCAGGGCGGGUACGCUUGGGAAGGUGGAAGCCGUGUCAAAGUGGGGUUGGAGUUCGCUUCUCUCGCUGAUGCAUGUCAAGUUUGAAACGAAGCGGUAUCCUCAGAAGGGAAAACUCUUGCUUGGGACCGUCCACAAGGAGAACGAAAUCAUCGCGAGCCAAAGCGAGGCCUUCGCGAGUACUACCGAUGCGUCCGAGACAGUGGAGCUCCGGGAGUACGUUGACUACGGGCUCUUGCGCGCUGGACACCACUUGCAACUUCCGCGAUUGAUCGAGGCAAUACACACACGGACGCUGGACUUCAACAACCGGGACGUGUAUUCGCUGGUGGUGGCUUCUUUGUGGCAAGUUUGUGCGCCAAUAAAGGGAGAGCAGUCCUCUCCGAUCACAGUAGACGCCGCAUUGCUGCAGACCUUGCCCUGGCGCGAGCCUACAGCGCUUCUCGGUGAUCCCGCCUUCGCGGCCGAUCUGCUGGCAGCUGCGCGGAGUUUGCUUGACGCCUGCAAGGAAAACUGGGACAAGCGCGUCACGCUGCUAAUCGUCAUCAGUAUUGCGCAGUUUGUUUUCGAGCACCUGCCAAAGACCAAUGUGAGCGGUGCAGGCGGCAGCUCGAGUUCAUCUUCCUCCAGUGCUUCUGACGCGAGCGAGGCGUGUAGGCUUGCUCUAACAAGUGCGCUUGCCUCUUGCGCCAGCCUUCUCAAGGAUUGUCGCGAGGUCGCACUUGCUUGGCUAGGAAAGCUUUGCGCUGCGGCAAACGAAUCUACCAACGACAGGGAGAUGCAGGCGCUGCGUACGAAGAUUUUGGAAGUAGCCGCUGCUGCAGCGCAAACCUUUGGUCCAACAGAGCUGCUUUUGCCACGCAAAUUCGACGACAGCAGGCUGCUCCAGCACUGGCACAGAAAAUGCGACGUCAGCGACUGGCUCUACGUCAGAGCACUCUACCGGGAUAACUUCUCUUCGGCGGCGCUUGAGAGCCCCUGGCUGAAACGACAGAUCCUCGCAGCGGAAGACGUCGCUCAGGCGAUCGGGAGAUACCUUCUGUGCUCCUGCCCAACUUCUUCGACGAAGAUCGCCAACGAAGCGCUAGAUAGGUUCUUGUGCCGCUAUUGGAGCGGCGCAGCCUGCUUAGAGAGCGGCUCGGCGAGAACGGAGUGGAAACACGUACCCGGCUCGGCGUGCUUCGAGACAAGACUUCUUGCUGACCCUGAUGAAAGCAAGAAGAAGGACAGACCACUUCUCCAAGUUGACUGCAUCACCGGAACCUUCCUCGUCAAUGGAGACCCGUGCUCACGACUGCCCGAUGAGAUUGUCGGUCACGCAGACUAUGCGCGGAUAUUCGGAAAAUCGAUCUUCAUCGUGCAGCCGAUCGGCAACCGAACCUACAAAACCUGCAUGCCGCUACAGGGUUCGUAUUUUCUCUUUCGCAGUCAGGGUGUCGGCCAGAAUCCGCUGAUCAUGGAGGAGCGCUUGGCACAUGAGCACAGUGAUCUGUCUUCAGGAAGCGAGUUAAUGGACGUUUCGGCCGAAAACAAAGAGCAUGGCAGUCUACACGAGUCUUUGCCGGUGUCGCCGAGCAGCAAGCGGUCCACCCGGUCCGUAUACGUGAGCCCAAGCACGUUUCAGUCCAAGGACUCGACGCGGGACCGCUACCAAGAUGACCUCCCAAGUGAACUAAUCUCAAACUACGGAAUUUGGCUUUCUGUAAGAGCAGAUGCGGCAGGACUACUAGACGAGGAAGGUGCCACAACUAAUACUAAUCCUGCGACUGAUGGUGCCAACGGUGUAGUUGAGGCUGCGAAGCCGCGUGUCUGGGAGCUGUCCUUCCGACCGGUGCACUAUGCUGACGCAGAAUUUCCGCUUCGGCGCGACUACGUGCUGAAUAGUGAAACGCGUUUUUUGCACGACAAUCGCUCUAAACGCGACUUGCUCGACUUGUACAGCACUAGUGUGACGCAGUUGCAUGAGCAAGUAUUUCGCCGUCUCGCGCCCUUGCAGCACAUGCACUGUUUCUGUACGAACGAGACCGAGGACAAGAAGAUUGCGAUGGUGCAGUUGCCACGAAUGCAGAACAUUCGGUUUUUUGUCAACGCUUUGCCGCCUUUGAAGUCGGCGGUGCUAGACGCGGCGUCCCCGAGCAUCGUAGGGUCGCCGUCGCGUAAAAGGCGACUGCUCCCGUCCGAGGAAGAGGAGGACAAACAGCGGCUCGACGAACCUAUGUCGCUAGGUGGAGUGGAAAACGACGAGGAUGAAGGCAUGAAUCCGUAUCCGGAGCGCGUCUGCUAUAACAAGAUUUUCUCCCCGGAGUUUCAAGAUUUCGUGAUCGUGGAGGAUCAAAACUACGGCACUAUGCGAGGUCUGAGUAGCGGUCUACUGCUGGCGCCGCCGGCUUGCGCGGACGGCGGAAAGCCGACCCAGAACAGACUACUCGUGGUUCCAUUUUCUACCGAUGUUAAGCGAGACGCUGAAGGCCGUGUUUGCAUUGGUAUCCACGACUUACUCGACCCAAGCUUCUUCGUCUUCUCUCUGCGUGAUGGCCUCGGCGACAUUCUUCCGCAGCAGGACACGCUGGCGACACUCUUUCUCGCGUUGUUGCACGGAAUCACGUCAGGAUUGACAUCAGAUGAAUUUCUUGGCUGCACCGGCGCGCAGCAAGCCUUGAAGUUGCUACGCAGCGGUCGCGCACGCGGAAACAUCGUGAAUUCGAUGCCAGGUUCUGACACCCAGGCAGAAACGCAGCUUAUCAAGUCAUUGACUACAAGGGUCGCUUUGCUCAAAAAGAUCGCAAGUUUGUCACUACCACGAAACGGCGGAGUGGACGGCUGCGCACUGCUGGAACAGAACUCCGCUGAUUGUCCGACGCGACAGCCACUUGAGCCCUUGAUGGCGAAUGGCCAGUACGCGUUCAUCGCGCAGGAAAUGCUUGAGGAGAUGUCCUUUGCUUUGGAGCUGUCCGGACGCCCGGCAUUGACGCUAGAAGUGGGUGACGGCGAGCAGCAGAAGAACAAAGGCGACAACUCACACUCAGUGAUGUUGACCUUCUACGGCGUCGAGCUCUGCAACGAACUUCGCGAGCUCGGAAAGGUGCUUCAGAAUCGCACGGCACUGCUGAGUUUGCGAGCAUUGCUGCGUUCGUACAAAAUAUACCCGGAGGCUCUUCGGCCAUCAGAGUCGGACAUGACGAAGUACGAGAAAAAGACGGACCCGCGCAGAGGAAUGCCUGUCAGCUUUUCAAAAUGGCUGCACACAGGCGACGGCGCCUUCAUUCUACCACCGGCGCACCAGCUUUCUGCUGAGCAACUGCAUUCAUUGAAUUGGCUGGACAGUCUAUUUCGCGACCCAUCCAAGCUGCGUGAUUAUCCACUGGCUUCGCUGAAGGCGCUUCUUUGCAGCGACAAAGUGGGGCAGAAGUUUUCGACGCUCGCGGGUCGACGAUUCACUAGCGCCACGGCUUCAAGCAAUGGCUGGGGGAUCUCGGGUGCCGGUGAGCUGCAGGAGGACCUCGGAAAGCUCUUUGCGCUUGCAAAGGCGAUGAUGACGACACCAGUCACUACAACUGGCGGCAGCUUCGACGAUGACGACGGGGGCGCAGACGAUGGCGGGCUGGGUUUUCCUCAGCCUGCAGGUGGACUGAACGAUCACGAUUCGGAUUCCGAGGACGUCCCUGGAAGCGUCCACUUCGGACACCUCUUUCUGGAUUUGUACGAAUUGGCGCGCUUUGCUUCGAUGCCGGGCAAUCGCAUGCAGCUGAACUCGGUUGCUCGCAGAGAGCAUAAAAACAAACUCCGUGCACUACUGGCGAUGCUGGCCCUCGAGUGUCCGGAGGCGAGCCGAACCCUGAUUCCGGUGCUUCUACUGAUCGUUCACUACAGGGAUUCGGUGGGCCUGGAAGCUGCGUUGCCGUACGAGAGGUUCAUCCGGCCGCACCUCGCAGCGUGGAAGGACGAAGCCGCCGAGUCCUGCGUGUCGCGGUAUUGCCGCGAAUUUCCGGAAGUAGAGCCACAGCGAAGGCCACGAGACCACUACGGCAUCGAACAAGAGAAUUGGGAGGACUUCCAGGCACGUCACGGCGCCUGGCUCGCACGAAAGGCGGCGCACCAGGCGCUGCGUCGAGAUCUAAUUCGCAUCCUCUGCAAUCGACUGCGCAAGGUUUUCUUAGAAGGCAUAUCCGUGAAUGCAGAUCGUGAUGUGGUGCCCGGCGCGUGGCGUGGUGAGCUGGACAACGCUGCAUACACACUACCAGUCGAGAAUCAUGCGCUUUUCAACUCGAAUCUUCGUGAUGAUUUCGCGGCCCAUGCCAACCGCAUAUUCUCCAACUGGCGAAAAGCAAAGGCGCUGCAGGACUGGCUCACUCGACUGCAGCCAAAGCUUAGCAUCAUUCGGAGCCAGAUACCCAAAGCUGACGCUAACAAGGGUCAGGGCAUCGUGUCCGGCAGCAGCAGUACUUUUCUCAACAACCACAAUGCGCAGACUGCGGCAACUCUACAGAGUCUGCUAGACGCAAGCGCACCAGCCAAACGAGACUGGGGCUCAAAACAGCAAAUCAUCAUCGCACGAUCUCGAACACUCACAGAUGCCGUCGUGAAGCGGGUAAUUCGCGGCUUACCGAACAUUCCCACUGGACCCAGGUUUUGCGAUCUACCGUUUGAUGAAAAGGACGCACCUGCGAUUCCGAAAGCAAAGCGACAGAGAGUAGACCAGCCGGAUUCUCUCACGGCCUUUGCAAGCAGCACUAGUCGUGAUGAGCGGGCAAGCAAGAACAAGAAGCAGAAAGCAUCUCCAAUCUCGGAUUUGCAACUAUCGUCGGUUGCUGGAGAAUACGCGGAAUUAAAUGCGCUUUUUGGCAAGGAGUUGGAAGAAAGUCUCUCACUUGCACAGGCGGAGCUUACCAGCAAAGACGAGGAUGAAACUCUUGAGCAGCAUGUUCCCGACACCCAAAAUGUGCUGGCGUACCUGCAGGAGCAGACGAAGCAAGCGGAGAGCGUCUUCAAACUCCACUGGAAAGCAGCACGGGACAGCCUUGGCGGCGUGCAAUAUCUGGAAGACACCUUUUCGCAGGACGCCCACACGGUGACCGAUCUGCUCAUGUCAGGGCUCGGGAAACACCGCUCCAGUGCAAGUUUGACAACGUUGAUUACCCGCUGCGGCCUGGCAUUGCGGGCUCUCCAGCGUGCAAAGCGGUGUUUAGAGAUGUUUCGAAAGAAGCAGCUGCAUCACCUGCGCAUCGAACUAGAGAAUGACCCUGCGCAGAGCUACGACGUGAAGAGGCAUCCGCUGUGGUUGGCGUUUGAAGUGGAAAAUGAUCUCUGCAUUCGCAAGCGGCAGGCGAAAGUCGCACAGGAGCUCGUAGAUGGGGAGACUAACCGACUUUUGCAGCUGGAUAUGGGGGAAGGCAAAACUGCUGUAAUUGUGCCCAUCUCGAUGCUGGCACUUGCAGAUCCGCAGUCUUCAUCCGGUUCGUGUCAUCCCAUUGUCCGGCUCACGGUGCUGUCCUCGCUUUUUCAGACCAACGCAUCGGACCUUCAGUUCAAACUAGGUGGAGUUCUGCAGUGCCGCAUCCUGCCGCAGUUGUGCCGCAGAGAUUUGAAGCUCAGAGCGGAGGUGCUACUGCGGUCCCUGGACAUGUACAAACAGGCGAGCAAAAACGGCGACGUGGUCAUCACCGUUCCUGAGUACCGGCUGACGGCUGAGAACAAAGCGUUGGAGGUCUCCGCGCCCAGCAGUGCGCACUUUGACGCUAGCGGCAUCGCGGCCGCGGCACUGCGCGAGCAGCAGCAAUUUUUCCACUCCCGCGGUCGCGAAAUUUUGGACGAAUCAGAUGAAAUCUUGAAGCAGCAACUCGUCUACUCCCUCGGUUCGCCACAAGACAUGGACGGCUCGUUGAUCCGCUACCAGCUCGCAUCUCUCGUUCUGUCAGUCGUGUCCCAGAAUGCGGCUGCCUUGCUGCAGAAGUACGGUCCUGACGUGAUCGAGGUAGAAGGCGCUAUUUCUGCGCGAGCGGGACCACGACAGCAGCAGCUGAUAGAACAUACGAUCAGAAGUCAUCAGCAUGAGUUUGCUGGAUUGCGAUUACUGGAGCACGCGUCGCAAGGUACAGUGUUCACGGACAUUCGCGAUCUGUGUGUCGACGCAUUGCUGGAGUCGCACCGACUGAAGCUCUCGCGCUCCGAAGCGACACAAUUGAAGCACUUCAUAGUGGACGGGCACUUGAAUGAGCACACGAAAGCAGCCUUUAAAGAUGAGUUUGACGAGAACACGCAGAAAAUCGCUCUGAUCAUGCGGGGGCUGUUGACGUUCGAGGUGCUACUGGUCGUUCUCCGAAAGCGGUGGCGAGUCGAAUACGGCGCACACCCGACGAGACCUACGUAUUCCCUCGCCGUGCCCUUUGUGGCCAAGGACGUUGCCUCCGAAAAAACGGAAUUUGCGCAUCCAGACACCUGUGUUCUGCUGACGCUCUGCAACUACUACAGAAGCGGUCUAUCCGAGAAGCAGUUCGAGGCGGUCUUUCGAAAGCUGGACACGCUGUCCUCAUCAGAGGCGGACGCGUUCUACGCAGGAUGCGCCGCGGAGAUCAACGGUGACCUGCUCACUGAAGAAGAUGCGAAGGUUCCCGCCUCGCGCACCGGAGUGAACCUUGAUGAUCGAGUUUUCGUUUCGACGGUGCUGUAUCCAAACUUCCGGCGUCACAUGCGGAUCGUGGACUUCUGGCUGCAGCGAAUGAUCUUUCCCGCGCAGGCCAAGCAGUUUCCGAAGAAGCUGGUUGCCACCGCUUGCGACUUGUGCAAAAGCUCGGAGCUCUGUCCAUCGUGGAAAAGCGUCACACAGGGCUUUUCGGGAACGGACGACACCAAGCACGUGCUGCCUGGUACCAUUGUGCAACGGAACAUGGAAGAGCUGAAGACUACCGCAGGAGUUCAGCUGUUGCGCUUCCUUCGUCCAGAAAACGACGGCUACCACGUGUUGCAACAGGAGACGUCAGGUGGUAGCCCAGCAGAACAGAUCCUGCAACUGGCAACAGAAGACCUGGAGGUAGUUGCUAUUUUGGAGAGCGGAGCGCUCAAUCUGCAAUGGACCAAUGAAACGAUGUGCCGCCACUGGCUCGAGCGUCGCCCCGACAAGGACUACGCGGUCUUCUACGACGCGGCGAACAAGAUUGUGGUCUUGAGCAGGCUUACUGGCUCCGUGACUCCAUUUAAACUUUCGCCGUGUGCCAACGACAUGAGCCGCGCCUUGCUCUAUCUCGAUGACGCACACUGUCGCGGAUCAGAUUUUCGACUCGUUCCGACCGCAAAAGCGCUGCUCACGUUGGGGAAAGGCGUGUGCAAGGAUAAGCUUCUGCAGACGGCGAUGCGCAUGAGGCAGCUAGGUGAGGGUCAGCGCAUCGCCUUCGUAGCCAGCCGUGAGGUCCACGCACAGGUAGUGCCCAUCAUGGAGGCGAGGAGCACUAGGGACGAUAGCAAGUCCGCUGCUAGUUGCAAGCGGCCUCCGCCUCGUAGCGUGUUGGAACAGGAGGCAGGGAAUGCAGAGGCUGAUAACGUACUUCAACUUCUACUACUUAACUCAUUUCAACAUGAAUAUCUUUAUCAAUAUUUAUACUAGAGUAGUUUAUAGAACGGAUGUAGGAUGGACUUGGAUGGAUCGGAUGGACCCCCCUGAUUCUUCCGGUCCUACAUGAAAUGGUGGGAAGUCCAUCCGUUCCAUCCGAUCCAUCCGAUCCAUCCCAUCCCGGAUCUGGCACCCCUAUAAACUGCUCUAUUAUACAUAAUUUACAUCUAAUAGAUACGUUAGAAUAACGACACCAGAGGUUCCAUGACAUGACUACAUGACAUGAAUGUUGAGAAUCAAUUCUUCUUUCAACACGGUUUUCUUCCUCUUCGAGAUCUUCGGCUAAAAUUGAAACGAUGUUAGCAAGAUUCUAGUAACUUGGCGUCGUCCAUCAUUGGUUUUGUUGAUGAAGAGCGUUCAUCUUUUCAUGUUCAUCUCGAGUUCUUAUGUAGAGUCUGCAUACCAUAAAAAUCGCAGGGUCCGUCGGAAGAGGAGGUCGUAGCCGCACGAGAAAAAGCCGAGGCACUGGAGAAUGUGAAGAAAACACUCGAGAAAUUCAGUCACAAGUUCUCUGAGGAACAGGAACAGGACCUGAAAAGAAGCUUAAAAGUGAUUGCGAGUGCCAAGAAGAGGAAUACGACAGUGAAGCGUGAAGAUCAAACUUCUGGACAAGCCUUGAGCAGUUGCUCGUGGUCUUCUAGUAGUACAGUUGUAGGAUCUGAAGUUUCAGGCACUACUAUGGAUCUGAAGUUUGCCCCUGCCGUGCUCGAGUGGAGUCUGCAAAACACGUACAAGCGGCUGGGGGAUCUGGUCCCCUCCUUCGCAGCGCAAAGCAGAUCGUCAUUGGUCAAAGCAGCUGCUUUUCGCAAGUUCGAGGAGGACACAGCUGUGCGUGUGGUCGCUGUUGAAGAGGCAGAAAUGGCAGAUGCGUCAAACUCGCUAGUUCCAGAGGGUGAUCAUGAAAUUAUGGACCGCUCGGCGUCUUGUGCGGAGGCCUUGCACAACCUUAAUCGACCUGACGAACAAGCAAGGCAACAGCAAGCGGCGAAGGUCUUGACAGAAGCGUGCAUAGAGAGCGAAGUGCUACCCUUAGAGGAUAUGUAUGGACACUCUCGUGGUCUGCAUGGACUACCGGACCUCGUUGCUCGCACAUUGCACAAGUUCCUCAAGAAUAAAGAACAAGAUCCGGAUGGUACUACUAUUUAGCGUUUCCUUUCGCUUUUUGUUUUACCUGCAGCUCCUCAUGCAGAUUUAUAAUUCCUUGCUUUGUAGAAGUUGAUGUUAUUUGCAGUCGUGUGUUGUUUUUACAUUCAUGAUGAUCAGAUUUAUAUUUUUGAAUGCGAAUAAAAACAAGCAGUACAACAUCGUUUCUUGAUGAAAAUAAAACUCAGACUUCUCACCUUGUAACUUCUUCAUCUUUUCUUGUUUUACAGCAAUGGAUGUUGACGAUGGGCAGCCAGCAGCUGUUGAUGCUGCAAGUGCAUUUAGCCGAAAGAUCUUGCAGCGUGUACAAGCUCUAGUCCCGCGCGUACGACGGUUUGCUGCAGGCUUGGAGGAGGAACAGGAGCGCGAACUUGAACAAGAGUUGGAAGAAGAAGUGCAGAAUUUCCGUCCACCAGCGGCUGCGGCGCGGCCGGAGAGUCAUCCAUCGGAAGGGCUUCUGAAUUUCCUCAAGCACCCAAUGCAGCCGAUUCCUGGCGGCCAGCACACGCCGCUUCUCCAGCUACGCAGCGCAGUAUCGGGCUGUGGUGAACUGACGGAGAAAUUGGCUGACGGGUUGUUCGCGUUUCAGAACAAUGGAGGCAACGCGACCUGGCGGGACGCGGUUUACGUGACGGAGAACUUCGCAAAGACAAUCUGCUCCAAUCCUGACACAACUGUUGACGGCACGUUUUACCUAAAACAGGUCCGAUGGCUGAUGUACCACGAGGAGCGGAACAUCGCAGUUUUGGUCUCCAAUUUUGAGGCUGAGUACUGCGCGAAGUACUUCGUGCGCGCCAGCAUUGCUCGAACCGGCCCGGUGAAGCUUUUGCCGUUCGUUCCGGUUGUGCGGCGCGGCCAAAAGCCAAGUGACGGAUUCGCGAACUCUUUCGCCGCUGGCUUGUUGUUCACAGACCUGCAGCGCGCGUUUGCUCCUGCCAUUCAUGUAAUCGCAGGCAGCAUUCACCUGGACCCGCUGAGCCAAAGCGCGAAGGAAGUUUUUCGCUACCUGUCGCUUGCUCCACGGUUCGACACAGGUUUAUCGGCAUUGGAAAAGAAGCAGUGGGAUGGUCUCUUCGAGCGUGGCUUGAUCGACAAGGAUGGCUUCGUUCGCGGUCCCACGGAACAACGGAAACGAAAGGAUUUGCAAUCGCGUGAGGAUUUACUCAAAAGCGUUGGAGUGUCCUCUAAGGCGUCCUCUGAGAGUCUGCGAGCUUCGGUCCUGCUAGCGCAGUCUCCGGUGCCGUUCUUGGUUCAUCUAUACACCAAGGGUCGACACCUAGAUCACGAACUGCGUUCGAGUCCGGUUGGACAAGCGCUGGGCUGCGGAGCCCUCUAAUCGCUUACCCUUUUGGGUGAUCUCUCGAAUCGAGACGACGUGCACGUGCACUCGUGCAGUUGUUCGAAAUACUGAACACGGAAGAAAAAGAAUGACUCCCAGAAAUAACCAUCGUUGUAUAUUAUGCCACGACCCGAGAUGAGUAACAAUUUUUACAUGAUCAAUUUGCAGAAAAUAUAUUAAUCGUUAUCGUCCACCUUUCUCGUCCACUAAGUAAUGUAGCUCAAUAUUAGCAGUCACUGUCACGUUCACUAUCUCUAUCAAUACGAAUACCACCACCAGUAUUUUCUGAGUACUUGUAUAAUUCCUUCCUCCCGAUAAAAAUAUGACUGGUGCUUCUAUGAGUUGUUUCCUCUCCUGCUUCCUCCUCCAGAACGAUCAUUUGUUACAACUUUCUCCUCUAAAAAUUUCAUCUUUGUAAUACCAGUUUCGAACCUCUAGACUUUCACAUCAUCGCAGUUCUUGGUACUCGAAGGUCUCCAAGCUUGUAGGGAAUUUUGAAAAACAUCAAAAACAAGUCUAGCGAUAGUAUGCUAGUGACAAACCUCAUGCUGAUUCAGUAGUGGUUCUUCUGUUAGAACAAGACUUUCAAGCACAACCGCGACUCUUGAGAAACUGGCAUCAUCUUUCUAAUUCUAUUUGCUGAGCUUAAUAUUUUUAUGUUGUUCUUGUUGGACUUGUUGAGUCUUUGUCUUCUGCAGCUGCUUCCGUCUGCUUCUACCCCAAUGCUACGGGCCUCGAGCUCGUCUCGAACACAUUUCAGACUCUUCGAGACUUUAUCAGAACACAACCUCUUUGAAGCAAAAGAGACUCAUUCCGUCUAGUAAGUGACUCCGUGUAGUCUAAGUACUAAACUCAUUCCGUGUAGUAAGAUGAUUACAGCUAAAAUAGAAGCAGAACUUGAUAUUGAAUGAAAAGCUUCAUUCUACUUAUUCCUGUCGACAUGGACAACAACAUGAUGGAGUAUUCUUGUUAUAUUUAUACAAUAUUUAUUUCGUAGACCAGCACAUCAUCAGUAAGUCUAAGUUAGUAUCUCUCGAGACCUUGCGCGAAGAUUCGGCAGCGGCGCCCUAUCAUAUCCUAUUCUAUUUGAGCUAUUUUUACAAAUCGAUAAUUUCUUCUGAUUCCUUGUGCUUCGACGCACGAUCGACGUUGUAGCUCCACAUGAUUAUACCUCGAGCUUUGAUUUUCUCAGAAGUGAAAAUACCGAAUUCGUGCGGUACAACUAGGCGAUUUAGAUCUUGUUCAUUAAGUGUGCUUAUGCCUGUGCUGAU